AUGAACCUCAUCAUCAUUGCAGCCAUGUUAAUGAUCUCUGUUAUAUCAUUCAAUCAAGCCUUUGGGGCAAUCAUCACUGAUUUCAAGAGAGAAAAUGCAAUCAUUCCAAGUGAAGAUGUUUUGGCCAACCAUAAUGAUCUCACUGUAGAUGUCACUGAGCCCAAUGGCACUUGUGUUUGUAAUCCUGCCCACCCUGAUCUUUGCAAGUGCAGAAUUCACAAGAUCAGAUGA